AUGGACAAAGAUCAACGGAAUUUAAGUACUGACGACAGCGUAAAAGUCCAGAAUGUUACAUCUGAAGUAAAGAGUCAUGUACAAUUAAGUGUUCCAUCAUGGUCUUCUGCUGCUACAAAAUCAUCGGAAAAAAGUAAAUUUGACAAUUUUUUCGACGAAUCGGCCAAGCGCGACAUGCAAGUUAUACUUAUCUGUAAAAAAAAACUAUACUAA